AUGGCAGUUUAUUCACAAGUUCAAAUCUUGAUAUUUUCAAUCUUAAUUGCAUCUUUCUUUGUUAGGUCCUUAAAUGCUAGCGGAAUUGCAAUCUACUGGGGACAAAAUGGCAACGAAGGAACCUUAGCAGAUACCUGCGCCACUGGAAAUUAUGAGUUUGUGAAUAUUGCUUUCUUGAUUACCUUUGGCAAUGGUCAGACCCCAGUGCUGAAUUUGGCUGGGCACUGUGAUCCCAGCUCGGGUACUUGCACUCGUUUAAGCGACGAAAUCCGAGCUUGCCAAGGUCAAGGAAUCAAAGUACUCCUCUCCCUUGGAGGUGGAGUAGGGAGUUACACGCUUUCGUCUCCAGAUGAUGCACGAGAUGUUGCAAAUUAUCUUUGGAACAACUAUUUAGGUGGCCAAUCUGGGUCGAGGCCACUGGGGGAUGCGGUUUUGGAUGGUAUUGACUUUGACAUUGAGUCGGGUUCAGGCCAAUAUUGGGAUGAGCUAGCAAGGGCACUUAAAGGGUUCGACUCGCAAAAUGUACACUUGGCUGCGGCACCUCAAUGUCCAAUCCCGGAUGCAAAUCUUGACACUGCUAUACAAACCGGCCUUUUCGACUAUGUUUGGAUACAAUUUUACAAUAAUCCACAGUGUCAUUACACUGAUAAUGCUGACAAUCUAUUAGCUAGAUGGAACCAAUGGAUGUCUAUUCCAUCCAAUCAAAUAUUCUUGGGAUUACCUGCUGCGCCUAAUGCUGCGCCUAGUGGUGGAUACAUGCCACCGGAUGUGCUUAUCAAUCAGGUUCUUCCAUCUAUCAAAUCUUCCUCAAAAUAUGGAGGGGUUAUGCUGUGGAGUAAAUUCUUCGACGACGGCUAUAGUUCAACCAUUAAAAGCAGCGUCUAA